CUCCACCUCAUUUCAUCUGCAAUAUCCAAUCACCCCUCUUCAUUCUCCUUGGCUCUUAACUACCACGAAAAUCAACAUGGGUUCACCUGCUUUCUCUUGUGCAAUACCGAAAUACAUGCUGAAGCAGCAGCUUGUCAUUGUGGCUGGAAUAGCUCUGGUGCUAGUCCUAAGUGUACGUGUAGUAGAGGGUCAAAAUUGUAGUUGUGCUGCAGACCUGUGCUGCAGCCGAUACGGCUACUGCGGCACAGGCGAUGACUACUGCGGGACGGGAUGCCAAGCGGGGCCUUGCAACACGGCGCCUCUACCUCCCAGUACCAGUGAUGUUCCGGUGGCCGACAUCGUGACCCCGACAUUCUUCAACGGGAUAAUUGAUCAAGCGGAAGCAAGCUGUGCCGGGAAGGACUUUUAUUCUCGGGCAACGUUCCUUGAUGCUCUCGAGUUGUAUGAUCAGUUUGGUAAGAUUGGUUCCCUUGAUGAUUCUAAACGGGAGAUUGCUGCCUUCUUUGCCCACGUCACCCAUGAGACUGGACAUUUUUGCUACAUAGAAGAGAUAGACGGAGCAUCAAAAGACUACUGCGACGAGACUAACACGGAGUAUCCAUGCAACCCGAACAAAGGUUAUUACGGCCGGGGACCCAUCCAACUAUCGUGGAACUACAAUUACGGUCCGGCCGGAGAGAGUAUUGGGUUCGACGGACUAAACGCCCCUGAAAGCGUGGCCAAUGACCCACUUAUUGCUUUUAAGACUGCACUAUGGUACUGGAUGAACAAUGUUCGGCCGGUCAUUGCUGAAGGAUUCGGGGAAACUAUCCGAGCCAUUAACGGUGCGCUCGAAUGCGAUGGUGGAAACCCUGCUACUGUACAGAAACGCGUCGACUACUACAUUGAUUAUUGUAACCAACUUGGUGUUGCCCCUGGUGACAACCUUACUUGCUAGCCACUUAAUUUGCUAGUUAGUUUAUUAGCAACUUGCUAGGGCCAUAUAUAACAUGAAAAAUAAUAAUAAAAUGCAUGAAUAAUACGAUCUAAAUUACAAAUCCUUUAAA